AUGCACCAGACCAACCCCAUCCGCGCCCUGCGUGCCCGUCGAGUGGCCGCGAUUGCCGCACUUGAGGACUACUUCGACAACAACCCUCUCGGACAGAAGAUCGCUCAGCACAUUGUGAAGACCAAGGAAAUCAUCCGUGAAAGUAUUUCAUUCUGAUUAUACUACUUAAUCAUCCAAUUAAUUUUAGUUCGUCAGCGACUGCGCAGACGUCUUGCAAACUACCUGAAGGGAAUCGAGGCGGCGAACUGA